UCUGAAAGCUUGAAAGUUGAAACUACGUCAUUUCCAUUUCGCCAAGCUUGUUUGUGCGGACGCCAGAGUGCCACCGGCAACCAAAGUCCCCAAAACUGAAGAAAUCCAGAAAACCAGAAAUCUAUCCGUUCCGGAUGAACAGUCAAACUGCCUUCUGCCAUUUCUUCAGGUACCCAAAGCCAUCAGCUUCCUGACAAUCUUGCUUCUUGCUUCUUACUUCAAGUGCUGCGGGAAGGAGACCUUAGCAUGCUUUUUGCUCUCGUUCUGGAAUUUUGGGUUGUGGGUUUUGCUAUGAACUGCUGAAUUUGCUGGAAAGAUGCAAGCUUUGAGUGUCUGGCCGUCAAAAUCUAGCUUAUGUACGCUUCCCCAGGUCGAAUCGGACUUGGCUUCGUGCCUUUACAGCUGUAGAAGGAAGAAAGUUGGCAUUUUUGCUGUUUCUUUGUUUCAUAAUUCAAUUUAUUAUGGUCAUUUCCUAGUUUCUGCUGGUUCAAGGUAUGGUAGAAGUAGUAAUGGGUUUACGUAUAGAUACCCUAAGCUACGAUUUCAUAUUGUUGCUGAGAAAAAGAAAGAUUGUGCUUGUUCAUCUGUUGCAUCAGCAUGGGAAUUGGAUGAAGAAGAGACGCAGAGUCUUGUUCGUAGUAGUACUCAAUCCAACACAGAGAACGAGAACAUCGAUGGCGAAUCUCAUGAAUUUGAUAGGGUAGAUGCCGCUAAUGGGAUUAGUGAUCCGGAAGGGAAGAUCGAUGUUCGAGAGCUGGCCAAGAGCUUACAUGCUGUUGAAACAGCAGAUGAUGUAGAGGAGGUUCUUAAAGACAUGGGGAUAUUCCCAAUUCGAGUGUAUUCCUCGUUGAUCAGGGGUUUCGGUUGGGACAAGAAGAUGAAGCCAGCAUUGGCAGUUGUGGAUUGGCUCAGGAGAAAGAAGGUAGAAACUGGUGGUGCUUUUAUUGGUCCAAACCUCUUUGUCUACAACAGCCUGUUGACAGUUGUAAAAGACUGCGAACAGUAUCAAGAAGCCGAGAAAGUAGUGAAUGACAUGGCUCGUGAAGGGAUCCAUCCCAACGUCGUGACUUACAACAUCUUGAUGAUGAUCCAUGUUGAACAGGAACAACCCUCCAAGGCUCUCGAUAUCUUCGAACAGAUUUGCCAGAAGGGAUUUACACCAUCUGCUGCUUCCUAUUCGGUUGCCUUGAUGGCUUAUCGAAGGAUGGAAGAUGGAGAUGGAGCGUUGAAGUUCUUUGUAGAGUUCAAGGAGAAGUAUGUAAAAGGGGAGCUGGGGAGAGAUAAUAGUGAUGGUGAGGAUUGGGAGAAGGAGUUUACUAAACUCGAGGACUUCACGAUCCGGAUUUGCUAUCAGGUGAUGAGAAGAUGGCUCACGAGGCUUCAAGACAUGAGCACAAAAGUGUUCAAGCUUUUAACAAGUAUGGAUAAUGCAGGUCUUCAAACGAGUCGAGCAGAAUAUGAACGACUCAUCUGGGCUUGCACACGGGAGGAUCAUUAUCGUGUGGCCAAAGAGUUGUACACUCGAGUCAGAGAAAGAUAUCCUGAAAUAAGCUUGUCUGUCUGCAACCACUUGAUUUGGUUGAUGGGAAAGGCGAAGAAAUGGUGGGCAGCUUUAGAAAUUUAUGAAGACUUGCUAGACAAGGGACCAAGCCCUAAUAACUUAUCGUCCGAGCUAAUCAUCUCUCAUUUCAAUGUCUUACUGGCCGCUGCUAGCAAACGAGGGAUUUGGAGGUGGGGAGUUAGAUUACUUAACAAGAUGCAGGAUAAAGGACUUAAACCCGAGAGCAGGCAGUGGAAUGCAGUUCUCGUGGCUUGCUCAAAAGCUGCUGAAACUUCUGCUGCUGUGGAGAUAUUCAAGAGAAUGGUCGAGCAAGGCGAGAAACCAACAAUUAUCUCCUACGGUGCACUCCUCAGUGCACUCGAGAAGGCCGGACUCUACGAGGAGGCCUUUCGCGUAUGGAAUCACAUGCUGAAAAUGGAAGUCCAACCCAACUUGUAUGCAUACACCAUCAUGGCCUCUGUGCUAACCGGGCAAGGCAAGUUCAGGCUCGUCGACUCCAUAAUCAAAGAGAUGGUUGAUGUCGGUAUUCCACCCACAGUUGUCACGUACAACGCCAUCAUCAGUGGGUGUGCGCGUCGUGGGUUGAGCAGUGCAGCGUACGAGUGGUUUCAUCGCAUGGAGAAGCAGCAGGACGUGGAGCCAAAUGAGAUAAGUUACCAGAUGCUGAUUGAAGCUCUGGUGAGAGAUGGGAAGCCGAGGCUUGCCUACGAGGCGUACUUACGUGCUCAGAAUGAUGGCAUUGUUCUUUCUUCUAAGGCCUAUGAUGCUGUUGUGGAUGCUUCUCGGGCUUCAGGUGCUACCAUUGAUGUGAGCUUGCUGGGAGAUCGGCCACCGGAGAGAAGGAAAGGAGGUGGAGGGGUGAGGAUUAGGAAGACGCUGACUGAGUUUACGAGGUUUGCUGAUGUUCCCAGGAGAACCCAACCGUUUGACAAGAGGGAAAUCUACUAUAGACAAGGAAGGGAAAGCUAAUGCAUGAUGAAUAUGUAAGACUGCUGUAUUCUUUUGUGUGUCAUUUUGUAUAUUUGGGUUGUCACUAGAAACUGUCACUGACCAGAUCUUGGUUUACUGUUAUUCCUUCAGUAAGAUGCUACGGAAGUGGUUAACUUAUUAUCCUACUUUGUCAGUUUUACUGUUGAAGGUGGUGCACUAAGCUACUAGAAAAAUCCCAGUAUGCAAGUAAAGCUUUAACCUUUUGGAGCUGUGGCACCAUGAAUACUCGGCAAACUGAUUAGAGCAUGUAAAUAAAGGCAUCUGGUCCUACCUGCUCAAGUGCCUUUGCAGAAGCAUUUUAUAGGAAGGCAUCGAAUUCGACGCUUUGAGAAACGUUUCUUAAGUAUCUAUUUUCAUAUUUGGUGUGCUAAAAUAACCUUUGAUCGGAUCAGAUGAUUCCAAGUUUUUAAAGCAUUUUCUUUUGAACGUCCUCACUGGAAGUGCCUUUGCCAUGCACCUUUUCAAGCUUUUGAACAUCUGCAAUGGAGCAUUAUUCUAUAUCAAGAUAAGAGAUAAGCUGUAUUAUUGUUUUGCAGAAAGUGUGACAGAUGUUUGACAAUAGAAAGUGGCAGGCAAAUAGUACAAUUAACACCCAUUCUUUGGGCUUUAGCCACAUCAUUAUAAUGGAAUUAUUACAAGUAUCUUAGAGAGGAACUAAUUAGAUUAUGUUUUGUUCAAACAAACAACAGAGGAAUCAAAGAACAUAUACAAUGCAUUCGAUUUGUCUUUUGUCCCUUUAUUCCUAGUUACAAAAUAUUCUAGGAAUAAAAAUAGAAAGGAGGCAUGAAUAAACCCAAUGCAAGAAUGUGCUGGAAAGAGCUAAUAUUGAUAUUGGAGUCUUGUGUGAUGAAUAAUAGAAAGGGGCCAAUCAUUGAGACCGUCAUCAAAUAUUCAAAGUCAUAUUAUAUUGUGCUUGUGCAGCACCUCUGAUUUGGAAAUAAACUCAUUUGCGUCACUUUGUUGUUGCUUAGAGAAUAUUGCAAAUUUGCAAUGUGUUAAUCUCACUGUGCACUAAAUCUAAGAAUAAUGAUGAAUUGUCUUAGUUUGAAAAUAUGACAGGUGAAAAAUAUCAAGCAAUGACUACAACUCAUAACAACAAUGAGCGAUUUAGUAUCUACUACUACCUCACAUUUCGAAACUUCAUGAUCGUGUGUCACAUGUGAAUUCCCAUAAGAGGUUUGAGGAUUGGAGUCUGUACCUUCCACUCAAAGAACACAUCACUUAUGUUGUGUUGGUUGAUGAGAUAAUGUGAAAAUUAAUAUUCUAUACCUGA